AUCGGGCACUCAUUCAUAUGAAUUGAUUGUAUGAUUGUGUGAAUCAUUGCACUCAUUGUCACAUCAAUUGAAUCCAGUGUUUGUUGUGUUUGGCCAUCAAAUCAAUGCUCGACUCUUCCCGACAGAGAAUGGCUGGAGGGCAGGACCAGAAGUGGCAGAAGGACGCCGCGGACCAGAACUUUGACUAUAUGUUCAAAAUACUGAUUAUAGGCAACAGUUCUGUGGGAAAGACUUCAUUCCUAUUCCGUUAUGCGGACGACUCGUUCACCUCUGCGUUCGUCAGUACUGUUGGCAUCGAUUUCAAAGUGAAGACAGUCUUCAGACAAGACAAAAGAGUCAAACUCCAGAUAUGGGACACGGCUGGACAGGAGAGAUAUCGGACCAUAACCACUGCCUACUACAGGGGCGCCAUGGGAUUCAUCCUCAUGUACGACGUGACCAAUGAAGAGUCAUUCAACAGUGUUCAGGACUGGGUGACUCAGAUCAAGACGUACUCGUGGGACAACGCACAGGUGAUUCUUGUGGGCAAUAAGUGCGAUAUGGAGGACGAGCGGGUGGUGUCCUUCGAAAGGGGCAAACAAUUGGCGGAUCAGUUAGGACUUGAAUUCUUCGAGACAUCGGCCAAAGAGAACAUAAACGUGAAGUCAGUUUUCGAGCGUUUAGUCGAUAUUAUAUGCGAUAAGAUGUCCGAGAGCUUAGACUCGGACCCAACUCUGGUGAACGCACCCAAAGGGACCCGUCUCACUGAUAAUCCAAUGCCAACGAACAGCGGCUGUCAGUGUUAA